AUGGGCGUCACUGUCCUCAGCGAGAUUCGAAUUUCGGAAGAGGGUCAGCCCGAGGAGGUGGGUGCCAGCUACACUUUCCUCCGGUAUGGUCGCCCAAAGGUAGAGCAGCGCGACGCUGACCUCGUCGUGGGAUGCCUGUCUUGUCUGCCGCAGGGCAUCAGCGAACGUCUCAUGGCCCUCCGCCUGCCUUUCUGGGGAGGCGAAUUCGCCAUCGUCCUCAGCGUCUGCGGUCUCCCUAUGACCAACUAUGACGGCAUGGAGAACAAGUUCUACGAAGACUUGCACACCCUCCUGGUGUCUGCACCGACGCUUUACACAUGGCACGCCAACUACACGACGAAAUGUUGGCUCAUGUCAGAGAAAACGGUAGGGUGA